AAAGAAUUUUAAUAUAAUUAUUCCGAUAUAUUUGUUAAAGACUAAUUUCAAUUACUUUUACAUUAUUUACAGAAUACGCAAUAUGUAAUUGUUUACUUCGUUGAUAUAUAUCAUAUAUUAAAUACAUAAAAUUUAAUAUACUAAGUAAUAAAAGUAGAUUAAAAUGCAUGUAUUAGAUUCUACUUUUAAGUUUUUAACUAUUUGUGGUUGUUGGCGACCGAAUUCUUGGACGUCAUCAUGUAAAAGUAUGAUAUAUCGCAUGCACACAAUCUUUAUACUUGCCUUAGUAAACACAUUUACUCUGUCACAACUAUUGGAUAUAAUAUUCAUCGUGGAUAAUGCCGAUGAAUUUACCGAUAACUUUUAUAUGCUGCUCGCGAUGUUUGUAUCUUGUUGUAAGAUGCUUAGUAUGUUGAUAAAUCGAAAAAAUAUUACAAUGUUAAUUAACAUUGUUAUGGAAAAACCGUGUAAACCACUGGAGCCAGACGAAAUGGAAAUUUAUCACAAAUUUGAUAAGAGCGCGCAGGCAACCACGAUACACUAUGCAAUCUUGGUCGAGUCAACUUGCGUAUGCAUCACGUUAACAUCAUUGCUGACGGACUACAGAAAACAGGCAUUGACAUUCAGAGCGUGGUUACCGUAUGAUUAUUCUUCGCCAAUUUUAUUUCACAUUACGUACGUUCAUCAAUUGAUAAGCUUGAUAGUCGGAUCUGUCCUUCAUGUUGCUUGCGAUGGCCUGAUUUGCGGCUUUUUGGUGCACAUUUGCUGUCAGAUUGAAAUACUGGAAUCCCGCUUGAGAAGAAUAGUGUGCGAACCCGAUAUUCUUCGUGACUGUAUCCUGCAACACAAUCGUAUUUUCAAUUUUGCCUUCCUGGUAAAUGAAAAGUUCCGAUUCACCAUCACUAUUCAGUUUAUAGUUAGUACACUGGUGGUGUGCUUCAAUCUGUAUCAAUUAACUAGAGUGACCACAUCAAAUGAAAAAUAUAUGCAACUGGUGUUAUACAUGUGCUGUAUGCUGACGCAAAUUUUUUUUUAUUGCUGGUAUGGGAAUGAAGUGAAGUUGAAGAGUCGACAACUCGCUAAUAAUAUUUUUGAAAUCGAUUGGCGUAAAUUGGACCAAAAUAUGAAAAAAAUGUUGUUAUUGAUUAUGAGACGUAGUACAGUACCGAUCGAAUUUACCAGUGCUUAUAUUAUAUCUAUGAACCUUGAUUCUUUCGUAGGUUUGCUUAAAACAUCGUAUUCAGCUUACAACAUAUUGCAGCAAAUGUAAAAGUAUUUCUUAAAGUAUAAUUAAUAUAAUAAUUUAUUUCGUUAUUA